AUGGCCAAGCGGUCGCGCGACUCUUCUCUUGUUCCCUCUGACGACGGGGACAGUUCUCAGGACGAUGUCGAGUCUGCGCGUCCCUUGAAACUCAUCCCUCACGACAUGUCUCCCGCCAGCGCUGUGAUGCAAUGUUCUUUGCCCCCUCACCGCGAGGCAGUCGAAUUCUCGUCUAUUGAAGAUUUCGAGUCCCAUUAUGCCAAGGACCAUAGCAAUCGUUGUGCUUCUUGCGGCAAGAAUUUCCCUACUGCUCAUUUCUUGACUUUGCAUAUUGACGAGAACCACAAUCCUUUCCGAGAGGCCCUGCAAGCCAAAGGUGAGAAGACUUAUGCUUGCUUUGUCGAAGACUGCGACAAGAAAUGCUCCACGCCUCAAAAAAGGCGUCUGCAUCUCGUUGACAGGCAUCUCUUUCCAAAGGCGUACAACUUCCGGAUUGUGGACAAUGGCAUAGAUAAGUCGACCUCAAUGCUGCGGGAAGGGCGCCGUAGAAGAGUUUCCACUGCCACGGAGCCUGCGCAAACGGGCCCUCAUCAACGACAACAGUCGAGGGCCGAACAGCUGUCAACAAACAAGCUUGGCUCUUUUGUUGUGGCACCUGAAAAAGGUGGGAGGGAGUUGACCGGCAGGACACGAGAUGGCAAAGCAAGCCCACAUCUCAAAUCGCGCGACAAUGUCUCGGAUGCCUCCAUGAAUGACCUCGAGGCGUCUAUGUCAUCGCUACAGUUUGUACCACACAGUGUUGCAUCUCGGCAACGCAACAAAGACAAAUAG